AGCUACCUCCAUUUUAAUCGGAGUUAAAACCUUUCCAAAAUUACUCCGUUUGGAGAAAGAAGAGAAAGUAGACGAUUUCUAUCGUCUUCACUUUUCCUCUCUCUUUCAUCACUCAUCAUUCUAACUUCUUGUAUCAUUCCAAUUUCUUUCCUUUUUGGUAUUUUUAGCUAUUUAUUUCUUCCAAACCUCGAUUGCAAUUCGUUGCUUCAAUUCUCGAUGUUCACCAAAUUCUGGGGAUCUCAGGACCAAGAAUCACAAUCUUGUCCGCAAGAUGCUCCUUCACAAUCAUGGUACCCUCCCUUUGUAGCCAAUUCCUCAAGUUAUUCUCGGCCAUCAACUCCUAACAGCUAUAAUGUACAGAGACCUUUUGAACGACCACAGUCUCCUUCGCAUGUCUCACCUGCUGAAGCUGCUAGAAUAAUUUCAUCAUUGAAGGAUAAGAGUGCUGAUGAGCUUCGGAAACUUCUGACUGACAAAGAGGCCUACAACCAAUUUUUACUUGAUCUUGAUCAAGUCAAGGCUCAAAAUAAUGUUAGGGAUGAAUUAAAGAAGGAAAUGCUCCAUCUUGCCAGAUCAAAUUUGGACAAAGAGCCACAAAUUGUGGAGCUGAGAAAUCAAUGUAGAAUCAUUCGGACAACUGAGCUAGCUUCAGCCCUGGAGAAACUAAAUGACUUGGAGAAGAAAAAGGAAGAUCUCUUGAAGUGCUACUCUUCAGCAUCUCUUCUGCACAGACUGCAAGAGGAAACAAACAAGACAGAUGAAGAUUCUGAUAACCUUCACAGCCAAUUCCUAGAAAGGGAGAUUGAGCUUGCAGCAUUUUUUCAGAAACACAAAAAACUGCGAUCUUUGUACCAUCGGCGAACAAUGACACAUCUUGCCGCCAAGACAUCAUGAGUCCAUGAGAUUACAUAGGAGGUGGAAUUUGGGUAUAAUUUGAAUGUGCAGAUUUUAUUUGUAAUUGUAUCCUAACAAUUUAUACAUACGUAGUAUUUGACAUAUAUCACCGAUUAGUCUAAUGGUAAGGGUUUGACGUCAUGGUUAUGAAGUCUUAGGUUUAAAUACCCUAUAGGCAUUAAGGGGUGGAAAUCCUUAUCAUUCCCAAUCACUUUCAUUGAGUUUAAAUUAUUUAAACAUACAUUCAUGUUAUUUACUUUCUACAUACAUUCGGAUUGGGUUUGGAAUUUGGAUAGUGAGUAUCAGAUUAAUUGUAAUAAUUUUAUAGUCAUGUAUGCAAAUGCAUAACUUCAACAAUUAUUUAUAAUUA